CUUAGUGGUUGCCGGGGCGACAGGCGGCAGCAGCACCUGCUAAGUGGCUGGAGUGAGAGAGUUACAAUGACUGGGCUUUAUGCCCGCAAGACCUCCUGCUGCACACACACAUACACACAAACACAUACACACACACAGAGGGUAAGCUGAACAGGGCUGAGCUGGUUUCAGGGCACCACUGUGGGUAGGGUGUGUGUUGACAAACUAUCACAGAAGAUGUCUGCGCUAGAGUCUGUGCUGGGUGAGCAGUAUUACAGGGACGCUCUGGAGCAGUGUCACAACUAUAAUGCCCGUCUGUGUGCAGAGAGGAGCGUGAGGAUGCCCUUCCUCGACUCUCAGACCGGUGUCGCCCAGAGCAACUGCUACUUCUGGAUGGAGAAACGACACAGAGGACCAGGUGUUGCUCCAGGUCAGCUGUACACAUAUCCAGCACGGCGCUGGAGAAAGAAGAGGAGAGCCCACCCUCCAGAUGACCCUCGUCUGUCCUUCCCAUCUCUAAAGACCGAGCUGGAUCUGGGGAUUAAGAAGGAUGUUUUCUCCAGUGAUGGUAGCAGCUUAGAGGCCCUUUUGAAAGGAGAGCCAGUGGAUAAAAGAUCUGGAUUGGAGCUUCGCACGACAGAAGAGGAGCCCAGCUCUACUGAGUUCUCUACCGGGGGACUGAACUCUAGCAGCAGGGUCCGAAAGAGAAUUUUGGAACCAGAUGAUUUUCUUGAUGAUCUAGAUGAUGAAGAUUAUGAGGAAGAUACUCCAAAGAAACGUGGAAAAGGCAAAGGAAAGGGACGUGGUGUCAGCAGUGCUCGCAAGAAGUUGGAAGCAGCAGCUGCUUUGGAAGAUCGGGACAGACCGUACGCUUGUGACAACACUUUCAAACAAAAGCAUAUUUCAAAAUCUUCUGAAAGAGUCUGUGGAAAGCGCUAUAAGAACAGGCCUGGUCUCAGUUAUCAUUAUGCCCACUCUCACUUGGCCGAGGAGGAAGGAGAAGAGAAAGACGAGAUGGACAUUCGGGAACCAACUCCACCCCGGCAGGACGAACCCAAGACUCCUAAAAAAGGCCCAGAUGGUCUGGCUCUUCCGAACAACUACUGUGAUUUCUGUUUGGGAGAUUCCAGCCUGAACCAGAAAACCGGCCAAUCAGAGGAGCUUGUGUCCUGCUCAGACUGUGGCCGUUCUGGUCACCCUUCAUGUCUUCAGUUCACUCCUAUCAUGAUGGCUGCUGUGAAAACCUAUCGCUGGCAGUGCAUUGAGUGCAAGUGCUGUAAUAUUUGUGGAACAUCAGAAAAUGAUGAUCAGCUGUUGUUCUGUGAUGACUGUGAUCGAGGUUACCACAUGUACUGCCUCUCUCCCCCAAUGUCUGUACCUCCUGAAGGAAGUUGGAGUUGUCAUCUGUGUUUGGCCCUCUUGAAAGAGAAAGCCUCCAUAUUCCAGAAGCAGAAUGCACCGCCCCUGUGAUGGUCCUCUCAGGAAGACAGACCCUCUUUCUCAUAGUUCCUUCCAAGAUUUGUUUGGUUUAAGCAAACAAAAUGGGUCGAACUGAAGUUUUAAUGGAAGAGAAUAGGGACAAGCACCUCGCAGACACAAAUGGAGGCAGAGAAAGAGAGAAGUGAGAAAAACGAUGCCCUUCUUCUCUUAUUGCUCUCUCUCACAUCUCAGCAGGUUUGAUCUCAGUAUGACUGUUACACAGUUCCAAGUUUCAAACUUCCCUUGCUCUUUGUUUUCAACUAUUAUUCCUGACAAAUAACAUAAUUCUUCCAAACUUCAAAACCCAUCAGACACACUACUGAGCCUUUCAGUAGUAUUUACAUGGAGGAAGUCGCUAUGAGAAUAUUAUGACUCUUUUUGAGUUCCUGCUCAUAUUAGACCUGAUAUUUCCACUUGUUUAUGCAAACACUGUUUAACAAAGCAAAAAAACAAAAAAUAACAAAAACAAAAAUAAACUCAGCUUAUAACCGCCAAAAUGAAUAAUGCAUACUCUGCCAUAUCCAAAAUACUCUGUACCGACACUGUGCUUAUCACAAAGAGGAAUAGUUGAAACCAAUCAGCAUGCCAAUGCUUGUUCAUAAUAAGCAAAAUAGCAAAAGAAAGAUGUGUUUUUGUAUAUUUAUAUAUUUGUAUAGCAUAUAAAGGUGUGUUGUAUUUAAGAUCUUAAACAAUAGAAAUGGUUCAUUAUUAUAACGGGAGUUGCUUGGGGAGUCUUUUUGUUUUUCCUAAUAAUUGCAUCUGCUUAUGCCACUGAAGCACAGAGUCUAGCAGCCAGUGUGUGAGCUCUUUACUAACUAACGGGUUUGUGGUGCAGGUAAGGGUAGUGGUUUUAAAUUAUAUUUUAUAUUGUUUUUAUUUUUGCAAUUUUAGGGAACACUUAAUGUGUUCAGAAUUUGUUUAAUGUUAUGUCAAAGGUGGUUAUUCAAGAUAUCAGGGAACGCAAUGAGGAAGAGAAAGCUGAAAUAGAAAAACAUUACCCAGAAACUGUAAUACACUUUAAAAGUUUUUUUGAGACGGUGAGACGGUUAGAAUAAUGUAUAACAGACCAAACAGAGAUCCCACAAUUGGCAAAGAGAUGUCAGAAUUUGACGUUGAGUAUCAAAUUCUUGAUAAAUUCUAUAAAAUUGAUUUCAUUGUGGUUUAACUAAAAGAGUUAUUUCCUUAAGCUGACAUUUCUUUUGGCAUAUAUUUGUAUAUUAAUGUUUUAGCAAAACAAGCCAAAACAAAGUUGUCAUCUUAUACUCGCAAACCUGUAAGGAGAUUUCAUGAGAGCAUUUUGACUUCCAUUGAAGUUCUUAAUAUCUUGGGAUUUCUACUAAAGUAUAUGUUACACAUACAGUUGCCAACAAUUGUAGUGAACCAAAGUUUUCACCAAAAUUGUCCCCAAACAACACCAAUUUAUGUCUUAGGACAUUUUUGAUCAACUUUUUAAAAUCAACUUGAAAUGUUGACUGCUGUAGUUGUUACAAAAUAAGAGUGAGUAAACGAUGACAGAUUUUGUGUAAGCUACCCUUUUAUAAGGAUUAAGUAAUAGCAGAGGAGAUCUUUGUGAACGAAUUUAAGUGACCCAGUGCUAAACUCCGUACUAAGCAGAUGAGCAAAAUUUGCCGGAGCUUAGUUUGUCUUCCUAGAGCAAGCUGAGGCAGAUAUACAGCCUGCUUCAAAUGCUCGCCUAUUUCCCUGUCUUCUAUUGCCAUUUACCUUCACAAUCCAGCCAAAACUUCCUUUGUUUAGAGAAUAAAUCUAGAGCAGUGCAUGGAGCUGGCUCUUUCAGCCCUGUUCUUUGUAAAUGUAUACUGAAUGAAGAAAUGAAUUGACCUGCGUUGGGUUCUGUGUACUCUGUAAGUCUUCAGUUUCAAAAUAACCACAGACCUCCAUAAAGGUUUAGACUUCUAUCAGAUACUGAUACAUUAAUUAUUGCUCAUGGCAUUCAUAAUAUGUACAGGACCUUAUCAUUGUUUUAUUUUUCAUUCUCAGUUUAGUUACUGCAUGUUUACCUUACAUGGUCAUUUAUACAUAAUACAUAACACAUAACACUCACUCUUUUGUAUUUUCACAGUAACAGCAUAGUAGAGGAUUAUGGGAAAUCUGAUAACUUAGCGUUAUGUUACAAGCCAACUAACUAUUAUUAAAAUAAUUAGCAGUUGUAACCAUUUACCUGAAUUGUUCCAAAAUGACUAGCAAGUGGCCAUUCUUUUUUAUCUUUUCUUUAUUUUCUUUUUUUUUUAAAGAUUGUUUGUUAGGUUGUUUUGGGGGUUUAUUCUUGUUUUGGUGUAUGGUACACUUUUUUUUUUUCCCCCAAGAAAAAUAAAAGUCACAAACCAUGUAUGACA